UCUUUGUUGUCUGACAACGUCACCACUGCGACUGUUUCCAUGGCGGAGUACUCUGGAGAAACAGUGGGGUUGGGGUUGGGGUUGUUGGGGGAAGGAGAAGGGGAGAUUUGUUGGGUGCGACACGAAGUACGGAGUUAUGUAAGAAAGUACGAAUCGCACGAGUGCCAGCCAGUGCGUUAGGAAGGAGCAGUCCGAACAACAUCAUUCCCUGCUCUUCGCCGUCUUCAGAAGAUUUGGCCGGAAAUUUGAGUCCCUCGAGACAGCUGGGCGUCUGGCUGAAUGAUCCCCUUCCAUCGACCUCAGCAUGGCCCUUGUCGAUGGGCAUAUACUCUUCGCUUGCUCAUUCCCGCUUCUCCUGUUCCUCUUCUGGGUCUUGUUCGGCCAGAGUAAGCUACGGCGCAACGGUGUUGUUCUGAGGAAACCUCCGAAUACGUGGCCCCUGGUAGGCAACGGCAUCGUGUUUCUUCGAGAGAGGCAGAAGCUAUUCUCCUGGUUCGCCAAGUGCGAGCGUCUGUACGGAUAUGAAACGUUGCAAAUCUCAGUCCCCUCCCUUCCUCCAGGGAUCAUCAUCAGUGAUCCUAGAAAUCUAGACUAUGUCUUCAAGAAUGAGGGUGUUUUCUCCAAGGGCGACUUUGUGAAGAAACGGUCCUGGGACUUGUUCGGGCAUGGCAUCAUUAACGCAGAUGGUGAGGUCUGGAAGGUCCAGAGAAAGGCUGGUCUGAGAUUUCUCAACACGACAAACUUGAAGGUCCUGACUCAAACCGCCCUGCCCCAAUACCUUCAACAGAGUAUAGACUUUCUGGAUACCCAAGCGGCGGCCGGAUCUCUCGUGGACUUGCAAGCUGUUUUCCAUGAAAUCACUACCCAGCUCAUGGGGAGCAUGGCAUACAAUAUGGAAAUGCAUGCCGAUGAUAAUUUCAGCGUCGCAUUCGAUCAUGCCUCAGGAGUGACGGCCGAAAGGUUUCAAAACCCGCUAUGGUUCGUUACGGAGGUCUUCUUCGGAUCUCGGUUUCGGCGAAGCGUCUCCAUUGUGAAAUCCUACGGUGCUGCCAUGGUAGCAAACGCAGUUCGCGAUCGACGUCGAAUAGAUUCCGAGGCGAAACCAAACGAAUCCGAGCAUGACGGUGGCCGAGGGUUGAAACAAGUCGAAGGAAGCCUCAUACAGUCUUUCCUGGACGCCAUUGGCGACGAGAGUUUGGUCGCUGACGCCGCCCUUAAUUAUCUCUCAGCUGGUCGGGAUACCACGGCCCAAGUCCUGACCUGGACUUUUUAUCUUCUCAUGCGGCAUCCCGACGUCGUGGCCCAGAUCCGCACCGAAGUGUCACGCGUCAUUGGUGCCGACGGCCAGAAUAUCGGCUCGUCAUUCCAGCUUCGACCCGCCUGCCUCGGUGAUGUCGCAGCUUUACCUUUUACCCACGCGGUCUUCAACGAGGCACUCCGGCUGUAUCCUCCAGUUCCUUUCGAGAUCAAACAGUCCAUGGAGGCCACCACCCUACCAGACGGGACUUUCCUGCCCAGAGACUCCGUGGUGGUAUGGUGCCCCUGGGCCAUGAACCGGUCACGUCUCACCUGGGGGGUUGCCUCGGAGGAUUUUCAGCCGCAGCGUUGGUUGGACCAGAGCGGGAGCAAAGUGAUCACCCGAAGCGCAUCCGAGUUUCCUGUUUUCAAUGGCGGGCCAAGGACAUGUCUGGGGAAGCGGAUGGCAGAGCUGAUGGCCACGCAAGUCAUCGCCGUCAUGGUUUUGAAGUUCGAUUUCAUAGAGACAGAUCAUGGCGAGAGGGUAAGCAAGAGCAGUCUCACUUUACCGAUGAAGGGUGGCCUGCCUUGUCGGGUUAAGAAGAGAAAGGGAGGUCAGUUUCUCUAAACAAAGGACAAAACAUCAAAAUAUAUGUGUUCUUCGGAAGGCAGUUUAGCCUACAUACAGCUGUGC